CAGACAGCCGAUGAUGUGCUAGUGAGUGGGGCGGUGGAGACGAUAGUGGGUGCAUUCGCGUGGGGCCAGUGGGACCCCACACACCAGGCGCUCUACCUGAUCCACUACCGCAAGCCGAUGCAUCGUGUGGAGGGCGAAACACAACCUGACGAGACUGAACUGGCUCCCACUCUGUCAGCGCUCCAGUUUCACGAGGACAUGCCACACGAAACUGUCUUGAACAUACCGCUGAACUUGCCUGGCAUGGAGGGAGAGAAGGGUGAAGCGGCUGCAGCGGCUGAGUGUCGCACGUAUGAAAACGACGCGGUUCCGCUGAGAGUGCACGACUGCUCACUAGAUGUCACCGUGGUGUCCGAUUCAAAGGGCAUUCUCUGCAUUUGUCAUCAUUACUUGUAUCAGCCAGUAAAGCCGCCGACAAGUGAAGUAAUGGAUGAAAGCAAUACGGUUCACUUUGCCUACUCGGUUACACUGCUGCAUCACGGCCAUGUUAUACAUUGCAACAUCCCCGGCAUACCGUUCUCACAGGCAACCACCCUCCGACCCACCUUCACCAUGUAUAACG